AUGGAGUCAAUCCCCCUCUCCCCGUUCGACCUACAAGGCUCCUUCUCCAACAUCCCCUACGCCUUCUUCUACGAGAACACGCAGUCUGAGAAUGACUUUAUGCCCUCUGACCUCCUCAAGGGCUCGUUAUGGGCUAGUCUUAAGCAAUUCCCCAUCCUGACAGGCCGUCUGCGGGCCAGGAGCACCGGGCACAUCGUCGUCGAGGUCGACGCAGAUAAUCCCAACCAGCCCAAUAUCCGGGAGACGCUCUGCGACUCCGUCCACUGGUCGCAGCUCAAGGAGGCCAGUUUUUCCUGGGAUGCGUGGCCGGCGGGCGUCGCGACCGUGGGACCUGUAGCCACUGCUGCGGCGGAUGGGGAAAUCAAACUGCUGAAUAUCCAUGUAAUGCGACUAGCACAGAACAGCGGGGUGAUUCUCUUUAUCAACAUCCCCCAUUACGUGGUGGACGGGGUGGGAUAUUUUGCUUUUAUCAAUCACUGGGCGGAGACGAUGAGGAAGCAGCAGGAGCAGCAGGAGCAGCAGCAGCAGCAGGAGGAGGAGGAGGAGACUAAAAGUGAAUUCAGCUUUGAUCGUGGCAUCAUUCAGAGGUACUUGCCUGUGGAGCGAACUCCGUUGGAUCCCCUCACGGAGUCGAUCUACGGUCAGCGGAAUCUGCUCGUCGAUUGGCUUGCAUGGCUCUCCCCAACGACGCUGGGAGGUCUACUCUCCAAGACCGCCGGCAUGGCACGGGGUGAGGCUCAUCUAUUUCGUAUCUCUCGAGCCUCUCUCGACCAGGUCCACAAAGCCGUGCAGCCGUAUAUCCCCCCCAGCACCCGUCUCUCGGACAACGACCUGCUCGUUGCGCUCAUCAGCAAAGCCUACAUCCAAAGUCAGCCCCAGCCGGAGCCUCCCGCGGGCUUUCUGAGCUGGCUCCGCCCUGGCCAGGGACAACCCGAAACCCACUGCACGGUGCGCGUCCCCUGCGAUGUCCGCCGCCAUCUGAACGUACGGGAGAUAUACACCGGGAAUCUCCUCCUGGGGAUGAUGGUACGGACGCCGCUCGCUGAGCUCGCUCGUCCGACCUCCUCAGAGACUCUUGCGACGGCGGCGCUGAAUGUCCGGCAGUCGAUCGAGCGCGUGCAGCCGGGUCUGGUGGCCGCGUACCAUGACCUGAUCCGGGCGAAUCCCACGAGCCAUAUGCGACCGUUGGCGUUCACAGCGACGCGCACGACGACCUCGCUUGUGACGACAAGCCAGGUGCGGUUCCCGAUGUACGAGGCGGAUUUUGGCGGUGGGAGGCCGUGCUUUGUGUGUUUGACGCCGGUGUUUGCGGGGAGCUAUACCAUGGCGGCGAUUUUGCCGACGCCAGAGGGGAGGGAGGGAGGGGUGUAUGUACUUCUGACGAGUAACGUAGAGGCUAUGCAGGGGAUCAAGAAGGAUAAGUACUGGAAUGAGCUGGUAGAGAUAAUUUGGUAG